UCUAAUAAAAGCAAAGGUUGCUGGAAAUUUAUGAAAACAAAUGAUUACAAUAAGGGUUUUGCAUGAUCACAGAGCCUCACAGCUUUCACGCACCUGUAAACCAAUCCUCCCAGUGCUUGUAUUGUACAAAAGCACCAUUAUCACUGUGCCAGAAAGACUCUCUAAGACUUUUUAGAGACUUAGGUCAGUUGAUAGUCAUUCACUGUGCCUUUUAAAAAUGCGAUUCCUUCUAACAUGAAAGUCAUUUUCAGUUAAUUUUACAUAUCUCUUUCAGUAGGCGAUAACUGGAAAAGCAGAAUUAAACUAAACAGUCUCUGAAAGGAUUGUAGACACGAUGCUCCUCCUCCUUUAGUCUCCCUUUCCUCAGGUGAAUUGAAAGUACAUUGUGUAAUCCUGAAGUGUGCACCUGGAAGGACAUAACAAAGGCACGGUGUACAUGAUGCUGAGACAAGUGAAUAGGAAAUUAUUUGUAUAAUGCAAAUGGAGAUUCAGGAUUGUUAUGAAAACAGUGGUGUUUUCAUAACACGACUAUUAUGAAAACAGUCGUGUUAAUCUGUCUCCGUGGUCACUGGAGCAGUGAAUCACAGUUCAGGUAUGUUGUCGUGCUGCCAGAGAGUAGCCAGGAGUUCAGCAAACAGUCCAGGUUAGGUUUUAAUGCCUGAAUCUGAGCUGCUCAUGUCUCACGCCUCUUUCACGUAUUCAAGAGCACAGUAAAGGUCAGACUCUGCAGAGCAGCAUGUCCAAAGAAGACAUCACAACUGGCCUCACAUGGGAGGUGAAGGCAAACAGCCGUCACUAUCACAAACACAAACAGAGGAAGUCUUUCCUGUGCUUCACCUGGGGACGAUACUCGGACAAUGUGGUGCGCAGCCACAAGUACUCCCUCCUGACUUUCCUGCCCCUGACGCUGUUUGAGCAGUUCCAGAGAGUUGCUAAUGUCUACUUCCUCCUCAUGGUGGUGUUGCAGUGUGUCCCUGCCAUCUCCUCCAUACCUUGGUACAUCACCAUCAUCCCUCUCUUGGUUGUGCUCUCUGUGAGAGGAUUCAAAGAUUUAGCUGGUGACAUGGCGAGGCGACGCUGCGACUCGGAGAUUAACUCCCGACCCUGUGACGUACUCAUCUCCCAGAGUUUCAAGACAGCACAGUGGAAAGAUCUGUGUGUUGGAGAUGUGUUGAGGAUCCGCAGAGACCAAAUCAUUCCUGCUGAUCUUCUUCUGCUUUCCAGUUCUGAGCCUCAUAGUUUGUGUUAUGUGGAGACUGCUGAUAUUGAUGGUGAGACCAACCUGAAAUACCGGCAGGCGCUGACUGCAACACAUAAUGAGCUGACCUCUCACCCUUCAGAGGAGGCCCUGGGAGCCUUUAAUGGUGUUGUGCUCUGUGAGGAACCCAACAAUCGCCUGUACACUUUCAGAGGUCAGCUGCAAUGGCGAGGAGAGUGCUUCCUCCUGGAAAACGAACAUAUCCUCCUUAGGGGAACAGUCCUACGCAACACAGACUUUGCCUACGGCCUGACGAUAUACACCGGCGCAGACACAAAAAUCCUGAGAAACUGCGGGAAACUGAGAGUAAAAAGAACUGAACUGGAAAAAGUUUUCAACAAAGUGGUAAUCGGGAUUGUCCUGUCGGUUCUGCUGGCUGCUGCGCUUCUUGCCAUCGGUUCAGGCGUGUCUUCACAUCAGGCCAUGACCCAAACAUCGUUCCUGUCUGCUCUGGUGACUGAUGGUAAUCCAGCUUACAACGGGUUCCUCGUCUACUGGAGUUACAUCAUCCUUCUCAGCCCGGCCAUGCCCAUUGCGCUCUACAUCACGUUUGAGGUGAUACACACCAUUCACAGCAAGUUUAUUGGCUGGGAUUUGGAGAUGUAUUGGCAACAGACGGGCAAACCUGCAGAAGCCAGGAAUACCUCUCUGAGUGAGGAGCUCGGCCAAGUAGGUUACCUGCUGAGUGACAAAACUGGCACAUUAACCCAGAAUCGCCUGCUCCUCAGACAAUGCUGCAUCGCCGGAGAAAUUUACGGUGACGCCUCAGUCAGUGCAGAGGAUGUAAAGCCCAUGGAUCUGAGCUGGAACCCGUUCUCCAGCGGGGGCCUGCGCAUGUUCUCUCCCUCACUAGUGGAGACGCUCAGAGGACAGCGGUGUCCAGUCACCACACAGUUUCUGUCCGCGCUGGCUCUGUGUCACACCGUCAUGGCCGAGUGGAAGGAAGGAUCCCCGGUUUACCAGGCUGCAUCACCAGAUGAAGAAACUCUUGUUGGGGCUGCCAGGGAGCUCGGCUGGGUGUUUCUUUCCAGAACAAGAGACUUUGUUGUCGUUUCAGAGCUGGGUGCCACUCGCCAGUACCAGCUGCUGGCGCUGUUGGACUUUACUAGCAAAAGGAGGCGAAUGUCUGUCCUUGUACGUGACCCAGAGGGCGGGUUGAAACUUUACUGUAAAGGAGCAGAUGUAGUAAUACUGGAGAGACUUCAGAAGAACUGUCCACAUCAGGAAAGCACUGAAAUGGCAUUAGAGCUGUUUGCCGAGGCCUGUCUGAGGACGCUGUGUGUUGCGGUUCGAUCUGUUCCUGAGGCAUUGUGGGAGCAGUGGAGCAAGACUCUGGCCCUGUCUGCUGCCAUGGAGACCUGCGAGCGUGACACGCUGCUGGAGAAGCUGUACGAUGAGAUGGAGAGAGAUCUGCUGCUUCUGGGGGUGACGGCAAUUGAGGACCGGCUCCAGGAGGGAGUUCCUGAGACAAUCGCUCUUCUUCAAGAGGCUGGGAUUAGAGUAUGGGUGCUGACUGGAGACAAAAAAGAAACUGCAGUGAACAUCGGGUACUCUUGCAAGCUCCUGCACCCUGAAAGCAGAUUACUGGAGUGGCAGGAUCUCAGGCAGAUUCUCCAGUCUGCAGACCCACAGGUCAGCUUCUUCAAAGCCAAGCAGACAGAGCUGUGGGCUACACACAAGGAGAUGGCAAGAGCAAAAACUUCUGUGGUCCUCACCGGAUCUGAACUGACAGAGUUUGAGGAGAGACCAGAGUGGGGCGCCUCCUUCAUGAGCCUGGCAGAGCAGUGUCAGUCAGUGCUGUGCUGCAGAGUGACGCCUGCUCAGAAAGCUGAGAUCGUGAAGUUGGUCAGGAAGCACACGGCCUCGAUCACUAUGUGCAUUGGUGAUGGAGCCAAUGAUGUUAACAUGAUCAAGACGGCUCACAUUGGAGUGGGGCUGGCUGGCAGGGAGGGAGGUCAGGCCGUCCAGAACGCAGACUUUGCAGUGUCCCAGUUUAGAUUUUUGCAAAGACUGCUGCUGGUCCACGGACGCUGGUCCUAUCGCCGCAUCUCCCUCUUCCUGUGCUACUUUCUGUUUAAGACCUGUGGUUUUGCUCUUGUGCACAUUUGGUUUGGGAUCCUUAAUGGCUUCAGUGCUCAGUCUCUGUACGAGACAUGGUUCAUCGCUCUCUACACUGUCUUCUACACUGCGACGCCGGUGAUGUGCAUGGCUUUUUUUGAACAGGAUGUGAGUGCAGAGAACAGUCUGAAAUUGCCUGAACUGUACAAGAGUGGACAGAAGAAGGAGCUCUCCAGCCCUAGAAAGCUGAUCACGUAUCUUCUGUAUGCUGUCUACAUGUCACUUGUUCUCUUUUUCAUCCCAUGUGGAGUUUUCUACAACACAGCCUAUGAUUACCAGACCAUGGCGGUCACUGUCUCGAUGGCUGCAACCUUCGCUGUCACAAUUGAGAUUGUGAUACUGACCAAAUACUGGACAAAGUUCAACAUUGCAGCUCUGUGCGUCUCGGUGGUUAUGUUCUUCAUCUGUACCAGAAUCACACACAGCACCCGCCUUUUUCAGAGCUCGCCCGCCGACUAUUUCUUCCUUGGUGUGUCUGAAAAGGCCUUCAUUGAUCCAGUGGUGUGGCUCACAGCUUUGCUCACAGCUUGGGCUGCUGUUCUGCCCUCGGUUACAUCUCACGCCUUCAGUGUCAUUCUCAGCGUGCACAACAAACACAAGAUACACAACGCAUCCCCUCCUCCAGUGGAGCUGAGGUCAAGGUUCACAAGAGGGUCAUCACUCCGUCGGUCAUCGUACGCCAUCUCUCAGGGUGCCGGACCUGGACGCCUCAUUAAUUCAGCUACUAGCAUCCGGAGAGCAGAGGUGUUAAAGGAAGAGAAAGUACCUACAAGUAAAAAGCAAUGAGAUAUUUGAGGUCAAUGCUUCUGCAUUGUGGUGUGCCAAAGUGCUUUCAGUCAUUCUGCUUCUGAGUCAGAAUAGAUCCGACGUGAGAUAAGAGGUUGAUUGUGGUUACAGAAGAUCUGAUGCAGGCUUUGCAGGUGAACCGAUGUGGAACCCUGAAGAACUUUUCAGUCAGGUGAUUUAUAAUUGAUUAGUGAUCAAUCCAGUCUGCAUUCACUCUACUGAAGCAUGAACAAUUUGUUGCAGAGCUGUGGAUAAUAAGUCUUUUAGUAGAGUGCUGAUCAUUCCUAUUCCAUUUUGUAUCGUUAAAGUUUUUUCACAUUUCACAUUUGACCUUUUUCUGCUACAAAAUGGAGCUGACUUACUGAAUGCAUAAAUUCUUACCUGCUGGGGUUGACAACUGAUGGCUGAAAGUUGCUGGACAUCAUUUACAACUAUUCUGGUUUGAUUAGAAGUUGUAAUCCGCCACAUGUUAGCAGCGUAAUCUGACCUGGUCGUGGAUCAGAACCAAAAAUAAAUGGGAAUAGCAUGCAAUACAUCUUCAGUUAGUAAUACGAGAUCAAAUAACAUCCUGCACUCUAUUUUUAUUACAGUUUAUCUCUAUAAUUUAUGAAAAUACUUAACUACAGCAAAAAAUAGACAGACUAUUAUUAAAGAAUACAGAGAUAAGAUGGCUUGUUUGCAGGUACAAAAUGGAAAUAGGAAUUGAUUAAAUUGUGUGUAUAGAUAAGAAAUUGGUAAAAAGGCGAAGUGACCGGGAACCAUUGCUGUAGCUCCUCUGCCUGGUUUGUUUGGGUUUAUAAAGAUCAAUUUAAAGUCAGAUUAGCUAGCAUGACUCCAUUGUUUCUGCAUGAGAAGUUAGUAAUAGUUCCAAAGUUUUAUUGGAAAACCAUAAUAUUAAUUGUUUUUCAUAUACAACUGAGUUUCUGUAUUUUAAACAUAGCAUUUUAGUAUAAUUCAUUACUAA